AGCACAAAGGUUAGGGGUAUAAGAAAAGAGUGUGGGAGGAGGCAAGGGGGGAGCCAGCCCUUCAGCCUGGACAGGAAGGGUUGCCCCCUGAGUCUUUUCCAAGAUGUCUGUGCAGCCAGAUAUUGCGCAAGGGAUGGAUACUCACAUGCACUGGACGCUGGAUGAAGUUCAUGGCUGCCCUGGAAGAGAUGGGAGGGAAAGGGGGAAGUUCACUAAAGGUCCAAUGCUCCUGGGACUCCAGGGUGUGGAUAAACUGGCCCCAAUCCCAAAACUCACCCUUCCCUCCAGCUCCCUCUCCUCGCUCUGUUCAUGUCUAAGUAGCCCUCAGAUGGAAGAUCAUAGAUUUCCGGCAGGAAGAAAUGGAUUGACUCAAGCAAGCUUCACAUAUCAGGUGCCAGCAGGCUGGGGUAGUCCCUGCGGUUUCUUCCUCCCUUGCCCGCAAGUGCGGACUCCCCUGGUUCUCAAGGCCCCCUGCCACACCUGUCCUAUUUUCCUGGGAGGGUCUGACCCUGCUGUUGAUGGAAUUCAGAGGACUCCGGUUCCCUAUACAGCCCCCUUCCCCCGGCGCUGUUCAGGGGUCCUGCAAACCCCGCCGCCAUAAGUCAAAGCAGGGAA